AUGUCAAAGAUCAAAGCUGUUAUGUUGGGUACAAGUCACCCUCAUAUCUUUUAUCGUUACAAAUAUCUCCAACAAUCUCCCAACAUCACACUCCUCGGCUACUACGAUAGCGAUGCCGAUGUCGCCCAACGCAUGCAAGACCACGCGGGAUGUCCACUGCACGAAAACCCCGACAGCCUUCUGGCCCUUCCACACGACGUAGUCCUCAUCCAUGGCCGCGAUCGUGAAAAUGCAAACUAUAUUCGUUUGGCCUUGGACAGUGGGGCGAGGGGCAUUUUCGUCGAAAAGCCUGGUGUCGCACAGCCAUCAGAGUUCUACCCGUUGGCAGAGGAGAUUCGCCAAAGAAAAGGUACCCUUGUUUUCGAAGUCGGCUGGGAGCUGCAUUAUCUCGAAACGGUGGCCUUCGCGCGACGAAUUCUCCGCGAGUCGCUGCUGGGGAACAUCACAAUGGCUCGGUUCCAUGGCGGGUGUCCAGGCGGUGCGGGGGCAGAACCCUGGCAAUCGGAUCCACUGAAUAUCGGUGGCUUCUUUUAUAGUCUUGGAGGCCACGUCGUAGAGAUUUUAAUUGAUCUCUUUGGCUUGCCAAUUCAGGUCGUGAGUUCGAUCCGGAAACUUCCAGCGCAGCGGCCUCAUCAGGGUUUCUCGUGGGUGAAAAGCCUUUUCGAAGGGAGAGAAGUGAAUCAGUGGCACGCGAUUGGAACGCUUGUGCAUGAGGAUAUUGCAUCGGCGAUCCUAGAGUAUGAGCAUUUCAAUGUACAUCUGGACUUCACGGCGUGGGAGGGUAGUCGGUAUCUGAGGGACUGGAGCGCGGAGAUCUACGGGACUGAGGGGUCCAUGCGGUUAAAUAUUGACGGUCCAGGGAGCUGUUUGCUGUUGAAGGAGAAGAGGGAAGAGUGGGAAUGUGGGCGAAAUGAGAUAUUUGAAACGGAGGUGAGUUUAGCUGCGGCUUUCGAGAAGCAGAUGGACUCCUUCUUUCGGAGAGUCGAGGGUGUGAAGAUUGACCAGGAAUUUUGUGGUGAGAGCAUAGUAGAGAAAUUGCUGCAGCUUUACAGUGCUUUGUAUGAGUCUGCUCGGACUCGAAAAUGGGUAUACGUGCGAGAAUCACGAGGGGAAGGACCAUGA